GACGUACGCAAUAUUUAACCGAAUAACUCUAAAACAAUUGCCUAUUGAUAAGGAGGACGCAGUGCGGGUGAACGCGGAUUUCCAAAGCUCACGCAUCUAUGAUUGAACUCGACUUUUUCGGACACCAUGUCUCCCCAUGUGGAAACUGAACCGAGGCUAGUGGAAGACAAGCCGCAGUUUAAAAGACUGGACACCUUUACUGCAGACGCUUGGAAAUUCAAACUCCACCCGAUUGAAUCCCCUGUAAUGAUGAUCUACGGUCUCGGGGGCUUCUACGGGGGAUAUGUCUGCUUGACUUGCGCGAAACUUCCAACUAUUAUAUUCACAUUUUCGCUGGUGUAUCCAUGCAUGUUGGCGCUGACGGCAGGCGUGCACCGGCUCUGGUCGCACCGGGCCUACAAGGCCAGGGCCCCUCUGCAACUGCUUCUCACAUUCCUGUAUAUCCUGACCAACCAGCGCUCCAUAAUCACGUGGGUGAGGAGACAUCGCCUGCACCAUCUUUGCUCGGACACUGAUGCGGAUCCUCACAAUGCAACCAGAGGAUUUUUCUUCUCACAAUUUGGGUGGAUGUUAGUUGAACCACACCCAGAAGUGGCUAAAAGAGAGAAACACAUUGACGUUUCAGAUCUGAUGAAUAACCCUAUUGUCAAAUUCCAACAUGAGUAUUUCGCUUAUCUAGUUACAAUUAUAGCAUACGUUAUCCCCACGUAUAUUCCUAUUGCAUUAUUUGGAGAAUCAUUAUAUGCAGCGUACUGGUCCAACAUUUUCCGUAUGAAUAUGGUGAUGCACCUCGUGAAUACUAUCAACAGCAUAGCCCACCUAGUGGGCUACAGACCCAUCGACAAAAUGAUUCCUGGGACGCAGUAUCCAUUUAUUGGCCUAGUCACACUGGGAGAGGGCUUUCACAACUACCACCACAGCUUUCCGUACGACUACAGAGCUUCGGAAAUUGGGGAUUACAGAUUGAACCUAACGGCUCCGUUUAUAGAUUUUAUGGCGAAAAUCGGACAGGCGUACGAUUUGAAAACCGUUUCGGAGGAUAUAGUCAGAGGCAGAGUACUGAAAAACGGCGAUGGUACUGAUCUGUACUACAUUCCUAAUAAUGAAGUUAAGCAGGAUUUCUUUUGCACCAAAUAUUACAAUAGGAUGGGAAAAUGCAAUCAAUAACAUUAAUGAAUACAUAUAUAGUACAAGUUCUGGAGAUUUCGGACACAAAUAGUUCUUUUUCAUUGAAGAAAAUAUAUUUUAUUUUCAAUUUAAACUAUUUCAAAAUUAAUAACAGCAAAUGUUAACGAUAAUGCGUCGAGUAAUAGGAAUAUACAAAAAGGAAUUUUGUAAAACAAAACCUGUUAUUAUCUGUAUUUUCACAAAUUUGAUUUGAACAUGAUGAUAUCAUUCUACAUGCUAAAUAUUUUUUUCUAUUACUUGAAGUUGAAUACAUUUAGUAGAUCGUACACAAAUUGCCUGUAACAAACAAUAAUGUGUCUUUUGUAGCAAAUUCUGUUUUAGAAAUAUUGAAAAUAUAAAUAUUUAACUUAUAUUUGUUAAACUAGGUUAAGUAGGUUUUUAUAUGGGAAUAGUAGAAUUUUUAAUAGUAGGUACUUACAUGUUUUGUGACAAUGUAAUUUUUUAUAAAAUAAAUUCCUAAAAUAUAAGACGAAGCCGGUUUCUAUCAAUCUUCCUUGUAGUGUGUAAAAUAUAGCUUGAUCCCUGUAAUGGCAGGAUGAAACGAUACAUUCCAAAUGUGAGCG